CCACCGCCACCACCAGAGUUACUCCAACAACAAUAUCUCUAUGGUAGCGUACCAGACGGAACCAGUCAGGCCGUGAUUAAAAACCUGGCUUAUAACCAAGGUCAAGGACAACCCACGACCUAUGCCCCUGGUACGGGAGAAGCUGUGAAUGAACAACUACAGAAAGCCAACGUUUCUAACAUUCCAGCCUCAUCAGCUCCUUAUAAGGUUGAGAAGAGAACAGUAGGACAAGAGCCCCCAGCUGUACCCCAGAACUUUCAGUUGGUACCAGUACGUAAUGAGAAGUCUAAUACCCCACCCCCUGUACCCUCCACCAGCCAUGUUAAACCUAAUCUAGAUGCUAUUGAUAAAAAUGUCUGAAAAGUGU